AGCACUCUGACUAAAGAAAAAUACAAUUAACAUGAACAAAACGCUCCAUCAUUUUGUUAAGGUAUAUAUUUACUAAAGAUAUUUUUAUAAACUCCAAUGACUUACAUAUAGGCUAUAUUACAUAAAAUACGCACAUUUGGGUGCGUAGUUCUAAUGUAUGAAACAUCGCUACAGAAAUGACACUCUGGGAUACUAGCAAACAAACAAAUAAUGUAUUUAAAAUGUGCCAUAUUUUCAGGUAACCAUUAUAAGCAGGGCCAUGCCAUUCAUCGCAGCAGAAUGAAUGAAAAUACUGUAUUAUAGAGACACCACAGGUUUAGAGAAUAUGAUUUUGAGAGUUUUCUUUUGCAAACUAUUCAGAAAGGGGCCUUGGUGUAAACGCAAUGUAAACACAGCCAUGGAUCAGAGCCAAAUACAGAGAAUCGCGAGCACGCGCCGCAUGCAAUCACACACCGCAGUCAAAAAUCAAAACGCCAUCAUAUUAAACUGAGACAGGGAAUAUCUGAUUGCAUAAAACACAUUCCACAAAUACUCUAGCUAACCAGAUUAGACGCCCAAAUCGGAUGAGGAUGGAGUUGGCUGUGACUGUUGGUGUUGUUUACAGUUAGUGUUGUCUAACAGCAUUCUUCUGAGUCUGGUUUGUCUUUAUUAUGAAUUUUGUAUAUAUUGGUGUCGCGUGUUGGACGGGUGCCGCUUGGAGAAAUGAGAAUUUUUAACGUUGUAAUGAUGCACCGCAGACCCCGUUUGGUUUACAAGAGCAAGUGCACACAUCUAAAGGUCUUAUUUCCGGUAUUUUUGGACCAUGGUGCCCGAAGGAAACGACUACCUGCGACAGUGAGAAAGCAUUCCAGUCUUUGCCUUGCACGAGAGAAAGCAACUGAAUUACGAACAAGAAACAUGCCCACCAGCCACAGCUUCCACAACAGGUCCUCUCUGCUCUCAAAGAUAAGGAGUCAAGGCCAGCCACACAAUCCUCACGUGAACAAAAAAGAGGAUUUUGAUCACUGGGACAAUCACUGUCCCGUCUGUUUACAGAUCGCCAGCUAUCCCGUAGAGACCAACUGCGGGCAUCUUUUCUGUGCACCAUGUCUGAUAUCUUACUGGAAACAUUGCUCUUGGUUAGAUGCCAUCAGCUGUCCUUUGUGCAGACAGACGGUGAAUAAGAUGCGUCAUCUCUUCAGAGAGACCAGAACUGACUGUAAAGAGACAGAAGUGCUCAAACAUGUCAGAGACUAUAACAAGCGCUACUCUGGAGCACCAAGACAGGUAAAGGAUUACCUGUGCGAUACACCCCUCUUCCUGCUCUUUCUGGUGCGAUGGCUGGGGAACAUGAGCGGCCUGGUGUGGCUGUUUCUCUUGAGGGUGGCUGUCUGUGGAUUUGGCGCUGCCAUGUCUUUGGCCUUCCCACUGGAGACUCUUCCUGGGCCACUGAGCAGUGUGCUGGGCAUGCUGGAUGAUUUUGUAGUGGUCUUCCUUCUCCUCAUCUGCAUUAUUAACAUCAACCAGCAGAUGGGGCCGCAGAGGACAAGAACGCACUCGGUCACGCAGGGUGUGCUGACCGACACGUUGUAGAUGACAGUGAUGAUGUGCUUACUAGCAUGUUGAAAUUACACUAAUCAACCUUGUUGGCAAAGGUUAACAGUGUUAUGGCCUGCUGCACUUUGAUCUUAUUGAACAUGGAUUUUCAAUGACGAUGUGUCUAGAAUAGACAUACAGCACUAAAUGAGAUGAGU